UUGCUUCUGUCUGGUUGUUAGUGAGGGGGACAUAUUCGGUGUAUUAAAGUUAGCGUUUAGCUCCAAAACAAAAUGUCUCAUCCGCCACCAAAACCAUGGGAAAGGCGAAUUCCUGGAGCUGUAGGCGCUCCACUAAACUACCGUUCCACAGAUUUUGUGACUGGAAAUGGCAUAACAUCAUCAGGUCCUUCUACCUUGACACGUGUGGCACCUCCGAUCCCACCACGCGCAAUCCAGCAGACCUACCGUCCAUCCUACAGCUCUUUCCCAUCAUCCUACAGCCCCUUUAACAGCUCUCCGUAUGGAGGCUACAGCCCUUACAGCCCGUACAGCUAUGGCAAUGUGGGAUACAGCCGCUUCCUCCCGGAGGAGGUGCCUCCGAGUCGCUUCGUGCAGCAGGCGGAGGAGAGCAGCCGAGGCGCCUUCCAGUCGGUCGAGAGCAUCGUGCACGCGUUCUCUUCCGUCAGCAUGAUGAUGGACGCCACCUUUUCAGCCGUCUACAACAGCUUCCGCGCCGUGCUCGAUGUGGCCAACCACUUCUCUCGCCUGCGCAUCCACUUCACCAAAGUGCUGUCUGCCUUUGCACUCGUUCGGACACUGCGUUUCCUGUACCGACGGCUACAGAGGAUCCUAGGAAUAAGGUCAGACGUUGAGGUCGAGGACCUUUGGGAAGACAGUGCAGCAAGCGCCGUAGUUUCAGGAGGUCGGGGAGCCGGUGUUGGUGAUUCCAGCGACAGAACAGUCAAGUCCUGGCCUAUAUUUCUGUUUUUCGCAGUGGUUUUUGGUGGACCAUACCUGAUCUGGAAACUUCUGAGAUCUGAGGAAAGCACAGAGGAGCGUGGCACUGACUGGGCAAGCGGUGAAGACGACCAUGUGGUUGCCAGAGCUGAGUACGACUUCACUGCUGCUUCUGAGGAGGAGAUCUCUCUGCAGGCUGGAGAUAUGCUGAACCUGGCUCCAAAGGAGCAACAGCCGAGGGUGCGUGGGUGGCUGCUGGCCAGCGUGGAUGGUCAGACAACAGGCCUUGUUCCUGCCAACUACGUCAAGAUCCUGGGGAAGAGGAGGGGCAAGAGGCAAGCCGAGCUGGAAAGGUUGGCACAGCUCCAGCAGGGGCAGCAGGUUCUGCAGUCAGCACCGGGUCAGGUUACAGUGUCCAUGCCCGCCUCUGCCUAUGCCUCGGCCUCUGCCUCUGCCUCAGCCGGUCAGUCGAACCACGAGGAGCUGCUGGAGUGUGUGUACAGGCAAACUCCAGCAUCUGACACAGAGCCAACUGUUACAAUGAACAAUGGCAGCACAAACACUGUUUUAGAAAAUUCUGAGAAACUUGAUUUGUGAGCGUGUGUGUGUGUGUGUGGUGAUGGCUAGUAUGUAACUGUUCUCCAAGGUUGAUACGAAGUGAGGUCCAGACUCACCAUGACUAUGUAUCAACUUGGAGCUCUUUUGAUAGUCUUUUUUCUUUCCCUUUUUUCCUCCCUGUCCUUGACAUUUAAAAAAUUUGCUUCAACUUUACUAAACAUUUGGAUGGAAGCUGAACAAACUAUUAAUCAGAGGUUACUGUGGUGAACUGCCAGGCCUCUGCUGAGCGCUUAUGAUCAUCCUGAUUGGAUGCUAAAUUCAACAUGUUUACUUUAUUAUAUCCUAUUUAUGUCAUGGUAUGUAGAUUAAAUGAAAAUCUUAUAAGAAAUUAAAGGAAGAAACUAUUGAACAAAAGACAACAGUCGUAGAGAUUAUUUUAAGAAGGCUCAUGUCAUUUUUAAAGUCUCCGCUGCCUGUGAAGCAAAUUACAUUUGUCCCAAACCACUGAAACUGUUUAAAAUGUUAUGGGAAACGGGCAGCUCUGCCUGGGGGAGGAGCUAAUUUCUGGACCAGAAAAAAAAUCUAGGCUGUAAUAAAAGGCCAUCUAUGUUGAAUAGCAUUAUAUUAGGUUUACAGUUUUAUAGUCUAUCUGUGGAAUAUUGAAUUGCUGUAGAUCUUAAAAUACUAAAGAAAGAAAAUAAAUAAAUAAACAAACAUACUGCACCAUUAAUAAAGAUGUAAUUAAGACCGAAAGCAGAAUCUGUUCCUGAUUUUAGCUUUAAACAGCCGUACGUUGGAUAAACAGUUUUUUCCCUACAAUACACUUUUUACUGUCAGUUCUCUUGUAUAUGUUUUUCUUCAAAUGGUUAAACAGUUCAAGGUUCUUAGUCAGAAUUUUUUUUCUUCUCGGGAUUGAUCACCGGAAAUAAACGGUUUUGAUAAAGAGAUAAUUGAUAGAUAAGAUAUAGGCUUAUGGAAUGGCGUAUAAUUUAUUGCACCUUGUGUACUCUUGAGAGUUAUGAUGCUAGAAUCAGUGAAUUUUCUGUUUAUUUCUUGACAUUUUAAUUAACAGGUUUAAGUGAAACAGUUGUUAGGAAUAUUGAAAGAUGCAAUUAUAGGGAUCAUCUGUUAAAAUGAAUGUUUCGGUUGCUCGCAGUAACGUUACACGGCUUCACGUUUCGCACAGAGAUACACAGACGUGAAGCCUUCAGCAUCCUGUAAGCUUUUCUUCAUCAUGCGUGUUUUUGUGUGUUCUGUCACUGAGUAAUCAUUAGCAUACAUGCAAUUGUGUACAUAGACACAGUAUUUUCAUUAAACUAUUUUCAGACUAA